AUGCGUGAGAUCGUACACAUCCAGGCUGGGCAGUGCGGUACCUACCAUGGGGACUCCGAUCUUCAGUUGGAACGAAUCAGUGUCUACUACAGUGAGGCCAGUGGUGGCAAGUACGUUCCACGGUCUGUCCUCGUUGAUCUCGAGCCCGGCACCAUGGACAGCGUGCGUGCUGGGCCCUUUGGCCAACUAUUUCGUCCGGACAACUUUGUCUUUGGACAGAGUGGCGCCGGCAACAAUUGGGCCAAGGGUCACUAUACCGAGGGCGCGGAACUGGUCGACUCAGUCCUCGAUGUCGUUCGAAAGGAGUGUGAAUCCUGUGACUGUCUCCAAGGCUUCCAAAUGUGCCACUCGCUCGGUGGUGGCACCGGCUCUGGCAUGGGAACACUGCUCAUCUCAAAAAUGCGCGAGGAAUUCCCCGAUCGCAUAAUGAACACUUUCUCUGUCAUGCCGUCGCCAAAGUUGACGAACCCUACUUAUGGUGACCUGAACCACUUGGUGAGUGCAACCAUGUCCGGUGUGACCACGUGCCUGCGUUUUCCGGGCCAACUGAACGCCGAUUUGCGCAAACUGGCCGUUAACAUGGUGCCAUUCCCGCGUCUGCAUUUCUUCAUGCCGGGCUUUGCGCCACUGACUAGUCGAGGAAGCCAGCAGUACCGCGCCCUCAGUGUUGCCGAGCUGACUCAG